AUGGCUGAGGAAGAUGUUUACACAAAAGAUGGAACGGUAGAUUUCCGUGGAAAUCCUGCUAAUAGAAAGGAAACUGGAACCUGGAGAGCCUGCCCUUUCAUUUUAGGAAAUGAAUGUGCUGAGAGAUUGGCAUAUUAUGGGAUGAGCACAAAUCUUGUGUCUUAUUUCAAGACUCAACUACAUCAGCAUAGUGCAACUGCUUCCAAGAAUGUUGCAAAUUGGGGUGGAACAUGCUUCAUCACUCCAUUGAUUGGAGCGUUUGUGGCUGAUGCCUAUCUUGGAAGAUAUCUGACCAUUCUUUGUUUUUCGGUAGUUUAUGUUAUUGGAAUGACACUCUUGACAUUGUCUGCAUCAGUUCCUGGCAUGAAACCGACCUGUGAUUCACAAGACAAUUGCCAUGCUACUAAGGGACAGAGUGCAGCGUGUUUUGUGGCUCUUUACCUUAUAGCUCUUGGCACUGGUGGGAUCAAGCCUUGUGUUUCAUCAUUUGGUGCGGACCAAUUUGAUGAUGCUGAUGAAACUGAGAAGGAGCAAAAGAGUUCUUUCUUCAACUGGUUCUAUUUGUCAAUAAAUGUUGGUGCCCUUGUUGCUGCUUCUCUGUUGGUGUGGGUACAAACUAAUGUAAGUUGGGGAUGGGGAUUUGGCAUUCCAGCAGUUGCCAUGGCAAUUGCUGUUGUGAGUUUCUUCUCAGGUACAAGGUUGUAUCGGAAUCAGAAGCCAGGAGGUAGCCCCCUCAGUCGCAUGUGUCAGGUUAUAGUUGCAUCCAUAAGAAAGUAUGAUGUUGAAGUACCUAAUGAUAAGUCUGAGUUAUAUGAGGUAGAGGAAGACUCAGAGUCAGCUAUCCAAGGAAGCCGCAAGCUUGACCACUCAAAUGGAUUAAGCUUCUUUGACAAAGCAGCAGUGCUAGGCUAUUCAGAUAGUGUGAAGGACCCAGUAAAUCCAUGGAGACUUUGCACUGUGACUCAAGUGGAAGAGCUGAAAGCUAUUGUAAGAUUGCUUCCUGUAUGGGCAACCGGCAUCAUAUUUUCUACUGUUUAUAGUCAAAUGAGCAACUACUUCAUACUGCAAGGGGACACCAUGGAUAACCGUGUAGGCAACAACACAAAGAUACAAAUCUCACCAGCUACUCUAUCGGUCUUUGAUACCAUCAGUGUCAUCUUUUGGGUCCCUGUGUAUGACAGGAUCAUUGUGCCUGUAGCAAGAAAGUUAAGUGGCCGCAAAAAUGGCCUAACUCAGCUCCAGAGAAUGGGCACUGGCCUUUUCAUAUCCAUAUUUGCUAUGGCAUACGCAGUGAUUUUGGAGAGUAUGAGACUUAAAAUGGUGAGAAGGCACAAUUAUUAUGAACUGGACGAGGUUCCCAUGUCAAUAUUUUGGCAGGUUCCACCAUAUUUUAUCAUAGGUUGUGCUGAAGUGUUCACCUUCAUUGGGCAGUUAGAGUUCUUCUAUGAGCAAGCCCCUGAUGCCAUGAGAAGCACAUGUUCAGCUCUCCAACUCCUCACUGUUGCUUUUGGAUCGUACUUAAGCUCUUUGCUUAUAACGAUUGUGGCAAAGGUCACUACUAUGAAUGGUGGUCCUGGAUGGUUACCUGACAAACUAAACUAUGGUCACCUUGAUUAUUUCUUCUUGCUAUUGACAGUGUUAAGUGUGCUGAAUUUUGUUGUGUUCCUUUUUGUGUCAAAGUUGUAUACAUAUAAGAAACCGAUUGGAACUCUUCGCUGA